AUGUGGAAUGGGAAGAAAAACAAAGUUCCUAAUCUGACUGGUUCAAUACAGCAAUUCCGUCAAACAAUAUGCGAAGCCAAAAUGCGCGCACAGCAUCAGGGAGAGUCCGUAAUUGAAGGACUUGACGUUUAUGACCUGACUACAGAUUUUCCAUCGAAAUUGAAAUUGAGGAUAUACAAGCCGCUAUCGCCUGAAGCAAAUGGGGCCGUCAUGAUAUACUUCCAUGGAGGCGGCUGGGCAAUGGGAGACCUUGAAGGAGAAGACAGUACCUGUCGGACGCUAUGCGUGCAAAUCGGACUCAAUAUAGUCAGCGUUGACUAUCGCCUUGCCCCAGAGAAUCCGCAUCCAGCAGCUAUUCAGGACUCGAUCACAGCACUUCGUUGGGUAUAUCAUACUUGUCUCUGUCGUAAAGGUCUAGGUAUAGCUAACAGCACCUCCGUUGAUAGGUCUUCCAAAACAGUCUUACCCAUGGCUUUGACAAGAGUAAGAUUUACGUUGGCGGGACCAGUGCUGGGGCAAACUUGGUAUGAUAUUCCCAUGCUGUCUGGUACCAGAACGGUCUUGUGUCUCAGUGAGCCGCACUAUCAGAGAAUGGGACUGAAAAGUAUGGAUCAGUUCGCUGAUACGCCAAUUCUCAAUCAACCCUUAAUGAAGCAAUUUCUUGAGUGGUAUCAGCCUUAUGACCAGACAGAUCCUACGGUAUCUCCACUACUGUUCCGCCGUCUCGAUGCGUCUCCGCCAUGCUUUAUCAUGAUAUGUGGCCGUGACCCACUCCGCGACGAGGCCCUAGCUUAUGCGGAUAAACUUGAAGAAAAAGGGUACAUGCGGGUUGCUGUGUACUCGGGAAUGCCCCACGCGUUCUGGAUAUUACCUGAGCUGACCACAACGAAGACUGCUACUCAGGACUUAAUCGAUGGUGUCAGAUGGCUUAUGGGGUCCGCAAAUUGGAAAUAG